CCCCGGGUGGUGAACGAGGCUCCGGCACCAUGUCUGGUUUGUCUGGCCCGCUCUCCCGGCCUGGCCCUCGCCCGUCCGCGCUGCUCUUCCUCUUCCUGCUGGGCCCGAGCUCGGUCGCCGCCAUCUCCUUCCACCUGCCCGUGAACUCCCGCAAGUGUCUCCGCGAGGAGAUCCACAAGGACCUGCUGGUGACGGGCGCCUACGAGAUCACCGACCAGUCCGGGGGCGCCGGCGGCCUGCGCACCCACCUCAAGAUUACAGAUUCUGCUGGCCAUAUUCUAUAUGCCAAAGAGGAUGCAACUAAGGGGAAGUUUGCCUUUACCACGGAAGAUUAUGACAUGUUUGAAGUGUGUUUCGAGAGCAAGGGAACCGGGCGGAUACCUGACCAACUCGUGAUUCUAGACAUGAAGCAUGGAGUAGAGGCGAAAAAUUAUGAAGAGAUUGCAAAAGUUGAGAAACUCAAGCCAUUGGAGGUGGAGCUGCGACGCCUCGAGGACCUUUCGGAAUCCAUUGUUAAUGAUUUUGCCUACAUGAAGAAGCGGGAAGAGGAGAUGCGGGACACGAAUGAGUCCACGAACACCCGAGUCCUGUACUUCAGCAUCUUCUCCAUGUUCUGCCUCAUUGGACUAGCCACCUGGCAGGUCUUCUACCUGCGUCGCUUCUUCAAGGCCAAGAAGUUGAUAGAGUAAUGCGGCUCAGUGUUCCGGCCCCUGGUGUCAGCCAGCAGAACAUCGCUGGGACGUGCCUGGCCUAGCUCAAGGCCAUCCUCCUAACAGUACCAUCAAGGCACAGUGGAGUUUUCUUGCCAGAACUGAUUUCUUUUGGUGUGGGAGAACAUGGGGCACCACCUACACCCAACAAGUCAAUGAGGACUUCUUUUCAAUGCGGUAGGAUUGGGACUGGUUUUUCGACAAGAUUAUUAAAGUCGCCUACGGAAAAACAAAACAAAUACAGGGGUUACCUAGCUAACCAAAGCCAGCACUGGCCCUGGGUUUCCUCACGUGGUCCGAUGGAGCUGUUGGCUUCCCCUCCUCGCUAUCACCUUGGUCCUUCACUCGAGUUCUUCCCCAGUAUUUCUGUGACCAUGCUCAGCUUGUCUCAAGCCACUUGUCCUCUUCGGCUUCCCUGUGAAAACACCCUGAACUUUCUCUUGGCCCUUAGAUGAAAUGUUUACGUAGCUUCUGGUGAUAGCCUUCAUAAUUUUAUGUCUCCUGAAAGGGUCGUGGAUGGGACACAUAAAGAAGUGAGCUUUGAACUGUAGAAAACUUCCUUAAAGAAAAAUCUCGUUUUAGACAAUUAAAAUGUUUGUGUUCAAUCUUGAACUCCUUGUGUAUGUGUUUAGUUCUGCUCAGUUCGUCACGUGUGACCCCAGGGACCUUUUCAAGGUGGACUAGCUCCAGCACGAGGUCUCCCGAGGCAGCCGCUCCCUUCUCAGCCUCUGGCUCCCUCCUCUGCUCACCACGUCUGUGACUUUGUUCCUUUGUUGUGGAAGUGGAAUCAUCAAGAGGGUGACCUUUGGAGGCUGCCUUCCCACUCAGCGGCAUCCUGGUGAAAUGCCCCUCCAGGGUGUGGCAUGUAUGCUGGUUUGCUAGUUGUUACCUUUUCCUUGCUUUUCCUUGCUAACACUCCUCCAGGGUGUGGAUGCUACUGCAGUGUGCUUAAAGGUGGUCACAGGGGUCGGAUUUGGCCCUUAGCCCGGAAGGUUCUUGUGUGAAUGUAAGUUUUUGUCACUCUGGGAUGAUGCCUAAGAGGGCAAUUGCUGUGCUGUGUGGGAAGUAGUUCUUAGACUUCCCCGCUCUCGUCUAGAGCGCUACAGCAUGUUACAUUUCCACAUUCUCAUUAGUGUUUAUCCUUGUUGUUUUAACUUAGCCCCUUGAAUAGGUGCCUGUAAUACCUCAUUGUGGUUUUAAUUUGCAUUUCCUAAUGGCAGAUGGUGUUGACCAUUCUUUCAUGUACUGGUCAUUUACCAUUGGUAUGUCCUUGUCAGUGAGACGUCUGUUGAUGGCUUUUGCCCAGUUUCUGUUGGGGUACUUGCUCACAUCCCUGUAGAGUUUUGUGUAGGCCCUCUAUCAGACGUGUGGUUGCUUACGUUUUUCAUGUAACUUCUGCCAGGGAAAAAUAAGUACAUUUUACCAGCCCUUCAUGCAUGGCCAAUCACUGACUGAUGGUUCCUGUCCUUAUAUUCCUUAUAUGUCCUUAAUUCCUGUCCUAAUCUCUAGAAAAUUAGACAUGGGGUUUAAACAGACAUCUAGAAAAGUCUUAGAAAGGUAAAUACUUGAAAUUUUGUGUUGCAAAAGCAAAGCCAGGAUUCACCUGUCAGGAGUGUUAGGCGCAUCAAGGCCAAGUCUAAUGUACAGAAGGGAUGUGGGGCUCGGAGUGUACCUCGUGGUAGACCUUACCUAAGGUACGGAAGGCUCUGGUCCCCAGCACUAGGGGAAAGCAGGUACAAAUGUUUGUAAACAGGGAAAGUACUCAUUUGUCGUCUGAUAUCUUUCUCUCUUCUCCCAGGAAAGCAGGUAGGAGUUCAUCCUCUGUAAUCUUUCAACCCUGCUGACCUGUUGCAGGGCUUGUCUUAAUUGCUGUGCUGAGAAGUACAGGACUUAGAAACAUGUUGCUGGCAGUAAAGCAGUGGAAUAUUGAAAUGAUCAGAGAACACUGUUAGUUGACCUGGAUGAAGUGUGAAGAUGAAAGGGAGUGAUUUAUGCUGUUCAAGUCUCAGGCUGUCCUGUUAAGGUUCCAGUUACUGUAAACUCAAAAGCCUUCUUUGUCUUAUGGCUCCCAUAAAUUCCUCUUGCGGGGCAUAAAGUAUUCUCUGGUACAACACUGCCAUCUGCUGCUGAGAAGUGAUAGGUCUCGCUUCUAAGAAUUUAGCAGUUGAGUCUUCACCAUAGCAACAGCAGAUGUUCAGGAGUCUGUAACAUUCAUAUACCAAGUGAUAGAGGGACAAAUCAAGUCGGAAAAGAAUACACAGAGUUUUGGGUCGAAAUCCAUCUGUAGACUUUUAAAUGCCUAGCAAGAGACUCCUGUUUCUGACUUGUGCCUUCCCCCUCUUAAGGAGCCGUGAAAGCCACUCUGUAGUUAUGGUUUUCUGUUAUGAAAAGUGUCACAGAAGGUAGGAGAAAAGAAAAUAAGCAUUUUGUCCAUAUUUUUUGUUUCCAAGGAGAGCUCUAAACUUAAGCUUUGUAGAACUGAAAUUCCUUGAGUCCUUUUCUUUGUUUUGAUUCAUGCCAAAAACAACCAACUUAGACAUUGUAUUUUCAGUUAAAAAGUGAAUUGAGGUGCAUUUGCCUUUGACAACAGGCUAACACGAAAGCGCAUCAGCUUUAUAAACAGGUACGUUAUCUGCUUCCCUCCAUUUCCAGCAUACUCAAAAUAAUCUGAGAAUAACACAGUUUCAACAAACCUUGUUAGAUACUAUUUUCAUGACCCUCCAUGAGAGCUGUUCUUCUGUUUGUUAAUGGAAAGAGGCAUGUGGGAUUUAUACACACUCACCUGUUGCAGAUUUUUGUGUAAACUUUGACAAAUAAAGGCUAGCAGAAACCA